GGGAGACACCCAGUGAAUCCCUUGGAAGAGUGCAUCAUUAUUUAAUAGACUAUCUGCAUCUCAAAUGUUACCUAAAUGUUAUGUGCCCUUGUCAAACAUAGUGCACUAUGUAGUUGUGCCAUUUUUGUGGAGUGACCCCCUGAAUUUAAGAGCGUAGACUACUAUUUACUUUUGCAGUAAAUGGGUAGUCUCUGACUAUCUAUAAUGCUUCCCAAUCCCUAUGUAGUGCAUUGUGCCUUGUCAAAGGUAGUUCACUACACAAGGAGUGAGGAGGCAUUUGGAGACUACCACCAUGGCGAUCUUGACCAUCAUUCUGCUUGUCAGCACAGCUUUUGCUCUGGGAGAUGGUAUGAUACGACCCAAGACCCCCUGUGAGAUUGCUAGAGAUACUGCGAUGAAAAACGUCAGGCCUGGGGUCUACGUCCCCAUGUGUGACAACGAUGGACAAUACAAACCUGAGCAAUGUUCAGGCUCUACAGGUUACUGUUGGUGUGUGACCAGUACGGGACAGAAGAUCCAGGGUACUGAGACUCCACCAGGCACUGCUCCAGUCAUAUGUUCCACCCAGAAUGGUACAAUACGACCCAAGACCCCAUGUGAGGAUGCUAGAGAUGCCGCGACACAUGACCCAAUUGGAGCCUACAUCCCCACGUGUGACGCCGCUGGACGAUACACCCCUGAGCAAUGUUCGGGCUCUACAGGUUACUGUUGGUGUGUGAACAGUUCUGGACAGAAGAUCCAGGGUACUGAGACUCCACCAGGCACUGCUAUCAACUGUUCCACCAAGAUGAAAGGUGUUGGAAGUAAGAUGUAGAAGACGGCCAGUUGUCUUUACUGAACUACAGGAAGGGAUUCACAUCCCAUACAAAUAAAUACAUGAAGGAAUCCAGAGAUUAAAGUGUUGUACUUACGUUA